CCGGAAGUUGCCGAGAGUAGUGGUCUGCUGAGCUGUCUGUGUUUUAGCAGAGCAGUUUUAUAAGUCUCUGUGUAGCGUACUGUCGUGUAUUCACCCCCCGUCGGUUGGAAACUACUCUUCUAACAUGAUGGGUGGUGUUAGUGAGACUCGUGUGUGUAACAAUGUUUACUUUUAGUUUGAGUCGCUAACAUCAGUUAGCAUAAGUUAGCAGAGUAGUUCACGGACCCUCGGAUACAUGGACACUUUGCUGGUUGUUUACAUCUCCUAACUCCUAACCGGGACAGCGGUGAACUAGGUAAUCUGUCUUCCCUGCUGUAUCUAGCAGAAGACAUGUCUCCAUCGGACUGUGAUGACACCACUCCGGUUCUCAGGGAUGAUGCAAGCAGUGAUGACUUUCAGGAUGAAGAUUACAAGACUCGCUGGAGGUCUAUCAGAGUCAUGUACUUCAACAUGUUCCUCAGCAGUGUAGGUUUCACCAUUGUCAUCACAUCACUGUGGCCCUACCUCCAAAAGGUGGAUGCCAGUGCCAGUGCCAGCUUCCUGGGCUGGGUGGUGGCAGCCUACAGUCUUGGUCAGAUGUUGGCCUCGCCCAUCUUUGGCCUUUGGUCCAACUACCGUCCUAGCAGGGAGCCGCUGGUGUGCUCCAUCAUUAUCAACCUGUCGGCCAAUAUCUACUACGCUUACGCCUACCUGCCCACCACCCACAACAAGUUCCACAUCCUCGUGUCCAGAGCCUUUGUGGGCUUUGGAGCAGGUAAUGUUGCUGUGGUGAGGUCCUAUGUAGCUGGAGCUACAUCCCUGAAGGAGAGGACGGGUGCCAUGGCCAACAUGAGCGCCUGUCAGGCCCUGGGCUUCAUCCUGGGACCAGCUCUGCAGGCCGGCCUGUCCUUCAUUGGUGAGCAGGGUGUGGUGGUGCAGGGCAUCGACCUGCAGCUCAACAUGUACACUGCUCCUGCGCUACUGGCCACCGCUUUUGGCUUUAUCAACAUCCUGCUGGUUGUUCUGGUGCUCAGAGAGCACCAUGUUGAUGACCAUGGAAGACACAUCGAAGCCAUCAACUACACAUCAGAAGACAGAGAUGAUGUUAUUGAGGAACGUGAGGAGAGCCUUGAUCAGGUGGCAGUCGUGACUUCCAACGUUCUCUUCUUCAUCGUCAUGUUCAUCUUUGCUGUCUUUGAGACGAUUGCCACCCCUCUGUCCAUGGACAUGUUCGCCUGGACCAGGAAGGAAGCUGUGUUGUACAACGGCCUCAUCAUCUGCGGCAUUGGGUUUGAGUCCAUCUUGGUGUUUCUGGUUGUAAAAGCGGCCUCUCAAAGGGUCGGGGAUCGGCCAGUGCUGCUCGCAGGCUUGGCCGUUAUAUUCUGUGGCUUCUUUAUUCUGCUGCCAUGGGGAAACCAGUAUCCCAAAAUCCAGUGGGCAGACCUGAGAAACAACUCUUUGGUCAGCGGGAUGUCUGCAGCCUCCAACAGCUCUGUGGAGCCGACCGGCUGCCCGUACGAACAGACCUGGUGUCAGUACACGCCUGCCAUCCAUCUGGCCCAGUACAUCUCUUCUGACAUCCUCAUCGGGGUGGGAUACCCAGCCUGCAACGUCAUGUCCUACACACUGUAUUCAAAGAUCCUCGGACCCAGGCCUCAGGGUGUGUACAUGGGCUGGCUUACGGCCUCGGGGAGCGGGGCGAGGACGCUGGGCCCCGUAUUUGUCUCUCAUGCCUACACCCUGCUGGGCCCCCGCUGGGCCUUCAGCCUUAUCUGUGUCAUGGUGGUGGUGGCCAUCGUGCUGCUCAGCUCUGUGUACCACAGACUCAUCGCUUUUUCUGUUCGCUACAGGAGGAUGACAGCGUAACACGACACGAUUCCCACUGGAGAGACUAUAACACUCUGUGUUGCUGUUGCUGUCUUUAAAAUGAGAGUUUGACCUUUGAACUCUGGGGCGAAGAGAUAAGACCCGGUUAUUUCUCAAGUUAAAAGGGAGCAAGCACUGCAGCAAGACAAGUGACCCCUUUUAAUAAUGGUGUAUGAGGUGGGCCCACGAUCUAAGUUCACAUUUUUAAUACUCAGACUACUACUUCAGCAAAGCCACCUGAAACGGUUCUCUGAAUGUCUUGCUUUACAUUUUAACAUGAAAAAAUCUUCAGGCACACAUGACCUAAUCAAAGCUGCUGCAGGAUAAAUGCUUUACAAUUUUUUUGUAUUUAAAUGUGCUGACUACUGAAUGCUGUUUGAUUCAGUGGAUGAGACAUUCCCUGUACGCCAUGUACCGAGUGAAGGUUAUUGAGGAACAGCGUUAUUGAGAGAAACACAUUACAUGGGGGGGGGGAAGAUAUUGACAAUAUUGACAAUAGUGGCUCCACAUGUAGUUGUUUAAAACUCCAGGUUGUCUCCCUGAAAUAAUUCAGAAAGAUAUGUUUGAUAAAGGUGAGGGAUGAUUGACUGAGCAUUAAAGCAUUAAUAUGGUCUUUUGACAUACUCAAACUUUACCUGAGUAUUUCCAUUUAAUAUGACUAUAAUAUUUAUAGUAUAUUAUACUUUUUACUGCACUGCUUUUAUCUGUCAGCUAGUUACUUUUUACAGAAAUGUGCUUCUAUGUAGCUGUUUUCUCAUAUGAACGUCGGACUAUAUCAGGAGAAUCAGGUCUGCACAUU